UCUCACCUUCAACAAGGCUUCUUCAGAAGUUCCUUCAUCGCUCGUUAUCUUUUUAUUUCUUCUUCUUUUUUGUUUGUUGUCCUUACAAGAAACAAAAGAAAGAAAGAAAGAAAAUGUCUGGAGUUUGGGUGUUCAAGAAUGGCGUGAUUCGGCUAGUGGAGAACCCAGCAGGUGAGAGGAAGGUGCUGGUUCACGUACCCACAGGAGAAGUCAUCUCAUCCUACUCUUCCCUUGAGAGAAUUCUGAGAGGGUUAGGAUGGGAGAGGUACUACCAAGAUCCUGACCUCCUCCAAUUCCACAAGACCUCCUCACUUGAUCUCAUCUCUCUCCCAAGGGAUUUCUCCAACUUCAAGUCAAUACAUAUGUAUGACAUCGUUGUUAAAAACCCUAAUAUAUUCCAUGUCCGCGACAAUAUGUAAGUUCCUACAUAUACAGUACUUAGGCCAGGUUUCUUAUUCCUUGUGUGUGUGUGUGCGUGUGUACCUCAUAUGAGGAAUGUGUUAACUAGAGUCCAAACCUCAAACCUUUUUAAGUCUCUCUGUGUGCUCACCCUAACUAGCAAGGAGUUUGAAGAUAUAUUACAACCAUUACUACUACAUGUUGGCUACUUUUCAUGUCUGUGUUCGGUUUCUUUUUGUUAAUAAAUUUGAUCACAAGUACGAGAUGUAAUCCAUCUUGAGUGAAGUACUUGUUUAUGAAA